GUCGUUAUGGUCAUGGACAAUGGCUACCAUGACGAUGAGAUGCCGCAAAUAUGGGAGGUGAUCGGAGGUGCGGACAAAGGUGGCGUCAUCGUGCGGGUGGACGAGGAGGUGUCGUCGACGCCUUUCCCCGAGCGGCUCACCACUGGUUCCUUGGUGGCCGAG